GCAGUGAGAUUCUUGGAAGCUGAUUGUAAAUUAUGCUUAAUUAACUAUAAUUGGUUAAUAAGAUGUGUGCCUGCAUGUCGAUCAAUACUAAAGACAGCAGCAAACUUAUAAUUCCCCUGGUCAGAUUUGUGCUUGAGCAGGUAAAUUUUAUUAUGUUCUUCCUGGGUGACACAGUUGAGUUCGAGGAUCUAUCUACAGGAACCUAUCCUUUUGCGCUACCGCACAUGCAUUGGGGGUGUUUGCGUUUGCCUUCAAACCACUGAUGGGACCAAGCAUUUUCAAACACAUCCACAUUUUCUUUUCUGUUCCCACUGGUCUAUUGCUCUGCCCAGUGAAGUGAGAAGCUCUUUAGCUGUUGAGUUUGCAUAGGCUGCUGCAAUCCCCACAGCAUAUCCUACAUUUCGUUCCUGCCCGUAACUGCUUGAAAAGGCGUGUUAUUUACUUAGCUUAAGUACUCCUGGGACCCAGUUUAUUGUUGCUAUGUACACAGCAUUUUUACUGUGGUGAAUCAUUUUUCAUCAGUCCUUUCUAAAGGGUGUUUGCUGGUGAAUGUAUUCUGUUUUUAACUCCAAACUGGCAAGCAACAGCUAAGCCAUUUCCCACCACUGGCAAAAACAACUAUACUAAUUUUAAUGGCUGAUACCCAUGUCUCGCAAGCAUAUUUUCUGGUUAGUGUCAUAGGUUUUGUUAUGAUAUCUGUUUCCUUAAAUAAAAUUCUGUUUUGCACAACACAUGCUAGGGCACUGGUACUCAACUCUUGCGAUCUAAUCCAGUCCAGGUUUUUACUCCAAGCAGGUUCUAGUGUAGUUAAUUGAAGCUGUUCAGGGGCAAUUUACUAAUUUAGGACCAGUUAGAAUAAAGAGUAGGACUGGAAUGGAUCUUGAGAGCCAGAGUUGAGUACCACGGUGCUAGGGAAUAGUUGAUUAUGAAUCAGUACCCUUUUUUCAGCAACUCUGAAUGAAACAUUUCUGUUAAAAAAAAAAAAAAAAAAAAAAAGAAAGAAAAAAGUCAAACCAGCUUGUCUCGUUUUUUUUGAUUAGGCCUUCUGAAAAUCCAUUAGUUACACUUGGAUUACCUGUAAUGAUCUAAGCGGUCAUUGAUUUUUGCAGCAGGUAGUUUAACACCCCCCUCCUGGCUGACUCCACCCACCACCAUUUCUCUCCCAGGGUCUCCCAGCAAAUGGCUUGCCUUGAAGUACAGUGACCAAAUACUCCUGACCAAUGAAGAAGCAUAUGUGAAGUAUAACAGGGUUUUACUGUUCUCUUUGAUGAGGAAGAAAAAGUUUGCUCUUUGGGAAAGGUGUCAAUGUGAGGCUGUCACACUCAUUUAUGAGGACUUCUUGAUGAAGGUUCUAAACUUCUUUGUGAAAAGGAAGGUCUAAGCACAAAUUGAAUGGUUUUGACAUAAUGACAGCAGAAGAUUCCACUGUCACCAAGAGCAACAGUUCCUCCAACAUGUCAUCAUCCAAAGUCCCAGAAGGAGUAGCCGGAGCCCCCAACGAGACCGCACUGCUGGCACUGAUGGAUCAUUCAGGAUAUGGGAUGAUCCAAGAGAACGGACAGCGCAAGUACGGCCCACCACCUGGCUGGGAAGGCCCCUCACCGCCUCGUGGCUGUGAGAUCUUUGUGGGGAAGAUCCCUCGAGAUGUAUAUGAGGAUGAGUUGGUCCCUGCAUUUGAGACUGUGGGGCGCAUCUACGAAAUGAGAUUGAUGAUGGACUUUGAUGGGAAGAACCGGGGAUAUGCCUUUGUCAUGUACACAAAGAAGCAUGAGGCCAAGAGAGCAGUCAGAGAGCUUAACAACUACGAGAUCCGCCCAGGUAGGCUCUUGGGGGUCUGCUGCAGUGUGGACAACUGCAGACUCUUUAUCGGGGGCAUUCCCAAGAUGAAAAAACGCGAGGAGAUCCUGGAAGAGAUCUCUAAAGUGACGGAAGGUGUUUUGGACGUUAUUGUUUACGCCAGUGCUGCGGACAAAAUGAAAAACCGGGGCUUUGCUUUCGUGGAGUACGAGAGCCAUCGGGCUGCUGCCAUGGCCAGGAGGAAAUUGAUGCCCGGCAGAAUCCAGCUCUGGGGGCACCAGAUCGCAGUGGACUGGGCUGAACCUGAGAUUGAUGUGGACGAAGACGUCAUGGAAACGGUCAAGAUCCUCUACGUCCGCAACCUGAUGAUAGAAACAGCAGAAGAGACCAUCAGGAAGAUCUUUAGCCAGUUCAACCCAGGCUGUGUGGAGCGGGUUAAGAAGAUCAGAGACUAUGCCUUUGUGCAUUUCACCAGCAGGGAUGAUGCAGUUAACGCUAUGAAUAACCUGAAUGGAACUGAUCUUGAAGGGUCCUGUAUAGAGGUUACCUUAGCCAAGCCGGUAGACAAAGAGCAGUACACACGGUACCAGAAAGCAGCAAAAGGAGCAACACCAACACCAGCACCAGAGACACCGCAGCCAAACUACGUUUACCAAUGCGACCCCUACACAUUGGCGUAUUAUGGGUAUCCCUAUAAUGCACUGAUUGGUCCCAACAGAGAAUACUUUGUUAAAGCAGGUACUGUAAGGGGCAGAGGGCGAGGGGCAGCUGGGAAUAGGCCCCCGGGUCCCAGAGGCUCUUACCUGGGAGGAUACUCUGCUGGCCGUGGCAUCUACAGCAGAUACCAUGAAGGGAAGGCCAAGCAGCAAGAAAAUGCCUAUGAACUCAUACCCAACUUGGAGUUGACUGCCGUCAACCCAAUGGGCAUUAAACCUGGCACAAUGUCCAUCCCUGGGAUAAGCGGACAGUAUUCAGUGUUUUCAACGGGCCCAGCAACUAAGCUAAUGGAAGAUGGCAAAAUGCAUGCAAUGGAGCACCUAAUCAAUCCCCUCGCAAUCCAACAUGAUCCCUCAGGUGCUGCUACGGCAGCAGCAGUCAUCCCUGCUGUGUCCACACCCCCUCCAUUUCAGGGUCGGCCCAUUACUCCAGUGUACACGAUGGCCCACAAUGUUCAAAGAAUUCCUGCUGCCAGUCUCUAUGGUACGAGCUACAUCCCCAUAGCCGGCCAUGCAGGGUCAGCCAGCUUCGCAGCACUACAGAAGAAUGCAGCUGCUGUGGCCGCUGCCUAUGGAGGAUACACCAGCUAUGUACCGCAGGCAUUCCCUACUUUUCAGGUCCCUAUACACGAUGUCUACCAGACAUACUAAACACUCGCAUGACAAACACUGAAGGAAUAUUUUAGUAUUUAUGAAAAGAGAAUCCUACGAUGAAUGUUUUUUUUGUUCAAAGGCUUCAUUUUGGAAAAUAUAGUACAUUAAAAUGGGGCCUUCUCUCUUUAUGGUUGUUAUUUCUGGGUAUAUUUCCCACAACAUACAGAGCAUGAAGAAACAAUCUAACUACGCAAUAUACCUUCAACAGGGCAGCGUUGCUGAUUAUUUGGCAUGUAUUUUUUCAAACAAACACUAAAGAAUACAAUUUGCAGGUCUCAACAAAAUUAGACUGCAACCAUAAAGCCAGUUUCUAUGCCACAUAUAUUUUUAAAUUAAUUUAAUUAAAAUGCAUAGAAGUUGAAAUUAUUACUGUAUUUUGCAUAGAGUUUGUGUGCAAAUGUGUAAAAUUGAGCACAAGUAUCCUAACAUGGCUUAAUGUUAUGCAGUUCAGAUAAUAUAUACUGUAGAUUAAUUUAAAGAGAAAUGGCUAUUAGAGAAGUGUAGUCCUCAUUUUCCAGAAAGUCUUUCUCUAAACCAUGUAAUUUACACUACAGUAGUAUUUUAACUUGAAGUGUGAGUUCCUAGGUACUGAAACGAACAAAGUGUGCAUAGUUUAAAAAAAAAAAAAAAAGUUUAGUGUGCCUUAUUGCCAAAAAUGUGCUUUACUAUUAGAGAUUAACAGUCUUUUAACUGUGUUUUCUAUUCUGUUUUUAAAAGCUUAAGUGUUUUUUUUUUUUAGAAUUAUUGCAUUUCUAUUUCCUCAAAAGUAGUGAAUAAAGCAUUUUAAAACCAA